AUUUUCCUUUCUCUUAUAUUUCUUCUCUCUCCACUCUUUUUUUCAAAACAUAUUCUACCGCACUCCACACAAGCAUUGAAAAUGCAUUACACACAUCAAGAAUUAAAGUCGCAGCAUUCGCUGUCGUCUUCAUCUUCUACUUAUUCUACAGCUAGUUCUUCAACAGGCGAUGAUUCAACUAUUUCAACCACUCAAUACACUUUAAGCCAAGUACUUUCAAAUCCUAAACUAUUAUGCGCUUUUGAGUGCUUUCUUCGACAAACAUGGUCUCAUGAAAGCUUGUUAUUUAUUGAGGCAAUGUCUCAAUUAAAGCAUGAAACUGAUCCGAAUGCAGUUGAAAAUAUACUUCACAGAAUUUACAAGACAUUUUUAGCUCACGGAUCGCCACUAGAGUUAAAUGUCACCACACAAGAACAAGUAAGAGACGACAUUCGAGCAUUGCAAUGGGCUAUUGUAGACCGUGUAGAUGCUGUCACGAUCCUUGAAGAAACUGAAACACAAGUUGUUGACAUGCUGAAAGUCAAAUUGGCUGAAUUUUUACAAACAAUGGAUGUCCCAACUGGAAACGUCAGUCCAACUAUAAUACGAAACUAUCAAGUACGAGUUACUAUCAUUGGUGGUGGUUUUACUGGAUUUACAGUAGCUUCAAUUCUAGACCAAAUGCCACGUUUCUAUGUUACAUUGAUUGAUACAAAAGAUUCCUUUGAAUAUACACCUGGUAUUGUCAAAAAAAUUGUUAAUCCUGAACAAACAAGUUCUCUUCGUGUACGUCAUGAUGCCUAUGUUAAAAAUGGGCGAGUAAUUAUUGGUUAUGCCGAAGACUUAUCAAAUCAAGGAAAGUCAAUCUCUGUGAAUGGCGAAGUGAUUAAUUUUGACUAUCUUGUUGUCGCUACUGGUAGCGCUUACUCAUCUCAACUUAAAUCAACAGACACUUCUUCACUCUAUCGUAUGUCAGGCUUGGAAGAAUCAUACCUUGAACUAUUAAAAGCUCGUCGAGUAUUAAUUAUUGGUGGCGGUCUUGUUGGUUGUGAAUUGGCUUCCGAAAUAUCUCAACAUCACUUUCCUGGUGCUUUCCCAAAAAAGCAAAUCACACUUGUUGAUUCCCACUCAAAUGUUGUCAAUAGAAGUGAUACCCGUCAGCAAAACAUGGCUCUCAAAUACCUCCAAGACUUUGGUGUCGAAGUCGUUUGCAAUGAAAGAAUAUUGGAUUUUGAUUCAAGCAAUGACAAUGCCUAUCUCGGCUCUAGUGGCCGUGUAUAUACUGGCUAUGAUAAAGUCUUUAUUGCCACUGGUACUCGUCCUAACAAUAAUCUUUUUACCUCAAGCACAAGUGAUAAUUCCCUAGACAAUUGUAUUGAUGCAUGGGGUCGAAUUAAAGUUAAACCUACACUCCAAAUUGAUCAUUACAAGUAUGAUCAUAUCUUUGCAGGUGGUGAUGUAACCAACGUUGUAGAAGAAAAAACAGGUUAUGCAGCUACUAUUUCCGGUGUUUGCAUUGCACGCAACAUUUGUCGCUUGGUCAAAGGCAAAGCACCUCUUAAGCAAGGCACCAAGGGUACUCUACCUGCUCCUCAUAAGCCACUCCAUGGUAUACUUGAACAUGGCGGUAUCGGAAAGCAAAAUCUUAAUUCUUUGAAAAAAAGGUUUUCCUUUUUAAAUCCCUCAUGGGCUGCACUCAAAUACUUUGAUGAACAGCAGUUUCUAAAAAUUGUACAAGGUCAGGGAACUAUCAAUUCUUCUCAAGUUCUCGGUCGACUCCCAAGAAAACUCGAUUUACCUUCCAAUAUUCCACCUGCAUUACAGCAUUCUCGUACCAAAUCUAAUACCAUCCCACCCAAAUUAAAUCGUCAGGCUAGUUCUGCUAGUGUACCCGUAGUACGUAGAAGAAGUGCUAGCCAGUCUCAAAAUAAAACUCAAGAACAUAUUGAACAACCCAAUUCUCGUAGUACGACAUUGCGUCCUACUAGCGGCAAUAGUAUCCUUAAGAGCCGCACUCCAUCUCAGCAACAGCAUCGUCAUUAUAAACAACAGCCACAGCAUCUUAGUCGUAGUGACAGCACCAAUACAUCUGCCACUGCUAAUAGUAGUGUCAUCACAGAGGAAACAAGUCGAUCGGCUGUUAGUUCUAUAAAAGAGCUCUUGUUUGAACAUUUCACUUAUGGUGACGAAGACAUUCGGUUAUUCGGUAAGCAAAGCAGUUCUCCUGAAGCCACUGUCAGUACUCCUAGUCCUUUAUCUCCUCGCACACUUCUUGAAGAAUCAUCUAAAUCAUCAAGACCCAUGGCAUAUGACAGAGACUUCCAAUUGUCCCCUCCCCCACCUAAAAGAAGAGCAAGCUUGACAACUUCAUUUGAUGGGCUCACAUUCUGUAAUCCAAAUCAAACUGGUGUCAAACUUACACGAUCAACUUCUUUCUCUUCCAUUAUUCAAAACAUUUAGAUUCGCUACUAUUACUAUGCCUCCAUCUAUACGCCACUGAUUUCAAACUAAGCUUUUUACUAUUGUAUGUAACACAUUCCCUUGUACUCACUUUUAUAGAUUGUAUAUCUCUUUUUUUUUCUUUUUUUUUACGCUAUUCUUUUAAUAAAAUAUCUCAUUGUAAGAAAAGAGCA